CCGCCGUGCAGUUAUGUGGCACAUUGUUUCCACUGCUCCGAUGCGAAACGCCGUUUCACGUUUGCUCAUCCAUCAAAAGCAUCCAGCCACAGUAUUGGCAACAAGCCUCCCCCGAAAUUAUGGCCGGGGGCGAAUUUGGAACAAUUUUUUGGCGAAAAUGUUUGGCAAAUAUUUGGCCGUUACGAAUAUUGUGGGGUCCGGACUUCUGCUGGUGGCCGGCGACGCAGUCACACAACAAUAUGAAAGAGCCAUUCAUAAGAGAUUGUUCGACUUUCACCGUUCGGGAUGCAUGUUCCUAACGGGUUUGGCUGUUGGCCCAGUGCAGCAUGCAUUCUACAGUCACCUAGAUGUAUACCUGCCGGAUUCGAAACGUAUUACUGCAGUGAAGAAGAUCUUUUUCGAUCAGAUGUUCAUGUCGCCAACAUAUAUAUUUCUGUUCUUCUAUGUAUCCAGCCUGCUGGAGGGCAAAACAAUCAAGGAGUCUAAUGCAGAAAUUCGCGAGAAAUUCCUAUACACCUGGAUGAUCGACUGUUUGAUCUGGCCAGCAGUACAGUACCUGAAUUUUCGCUUUCUCAAUCCCAGGCAUCGUGUGGUCUUCAUAAACGUGACCAACUGUAUGUACAUAGUCCUGCUCUCUUAUAUAAAGCACGAUUGGGCCCUCCAUAAUCAAAAUCCUGAAAUAAAAGAAAAAUCCGACUAGAAUCCAUACAUCGAUUGCCCCCUCACUCAUCGAUUUUCAUUUCAAAUCAACCCUUAACAAUGAUAGACAGCAACACUUUCGUAACGUAAAUGGAAAAAAGAGAGAAAGAAUACAAUACACAAAGAGGAAAGAAGGACGGUAGGGAGACGAGCGUUAAUUUUGAAUUGUCUGCCCGCCGCCUGUAGGCUGUGCAGUGCAGAAUGUUGUCCAUCCGCUGCGUACGGCUGCUGCCUUGGGGCCCGAAUCCGCUCCGGCCGCUCCUAGCCAAACAAAUCGAUGUGCCUGUCGUCCAUCAGCGUUCCUUCACAGCCCUCUCCAGAAUCCGCACACGAGUACCUGCUGAUGUAAUCGCUGGAAGAGCAUGUGGCCGUCGAAUGAUCAGUGGCAAGACGGGCGAGCCCCUGACACUGCUCCUCCAUCGCUGGACGAAGCUGGCGUGGAG